AUGACUGCCGUUGCGGCUAUAUUAGACUUAAAGUCUUUUAACCUAAUCAAAACCUGGCCGGAGCUAGCCAACAAAACCGACGACGAAUUCGAUGAGUAUCUCGCUGAAAGAGGCUUGCUCUGGAGAGAAAAUCCAUGUCCGUCUUGUCACGAGUCGAGAAAAAUCUCUAAGCAAAAGAAUGCCUCUGGAGCGUUUUGCAAGCAGAAAUUUGAGUGUUACAAACGAGCAUGUCGAAAUUCACGUUUCAACUGCAAAACUGGAUAUUUGAAGGGAACUUUCUUUGAGGGAUUACGUGGAAGCCGUAAAAAGAUUUUUCUGUGUAGCUUCCUCUAUUUGAAUGGAAAGAUGGUGAUGAAAGAGUUGGCAGAAACUUUGGAAACUGAGGAAAAGACAGUAAUUCAGUGGUGCCAAUGGUUCAGGGAUAUCAUGGCGGAGAGUUUAUAUCAGCCCGCAAUUAUGAUCGGAGGUGUUGAAGAGACGGUUCAGAUCGAUGAAACAAACAUUGUCAAGAGAAAGUAUAAUGUGGGAAGGAUCGUUCGUAAUGGAUGGUUAAUAGGCGGUAUCCAGAAUAACACUCGUGCCGUUUUUAUCGAAAUCGUCGAUAAAAGAGAUCAAGCAACGUGUGAAAGAAUCAUUCAACAAUAUGUUGCUCUAGGCACAACAGUCAUCACUGACUGUUGGCGAGGAUACAACGGACUCGCGGCGCUAGGUUAUGAUCAUAAAACAGUGAACCAUUCUCAAAAUUUUGUGGACCCUGCCACUGGUCUCCAUACGCAGAGAGUUGAGUCGCUUUGGAGCCAUUUGAAGCGUAGAAUCAAGCCAAACAUGGACGCUCUGAAACUCGUGCUCCACGACUUAUGGCUCGCUGGUCAAGGCACAACUGCCACUUCUCUCUACGUCGGGUUCUUGAAACUUGUGACCCAUCCAUCCGUGAUUUUGAAAAUUCAAAAAGAGCUUCUAAAAAUCACCCAAGGCUCCAGGGACCUCACUCUCCAGGACAGACCCAACACACCAUACUUAAAUGCCACAAUUGCAGAAAUUCAAAGAUUCACUUCGGUGUUAAAUGUGAAUUUUUGGAGAAUAAAUGAUGAAUUAAUCAGCUUUCGAGGAUUCCAAGUUCCGGCUGGAACAAUGAUGACUGCUCAAAUUGGAGCUCUUCAUGUGAAUGAGCAACUUUUCGAAAAUCCAGAUGAAUUCGAUCCGGAGAGAUUUUUAAGGAACGAAAAGCUUCUUCAACAAUUGAUACCAUUUGGAAUCGGAAAACGAUCGUGUGUAGGAGAACAGUUGGCACGAUCGGAGCUGUACUUGGUCCUGGGAAACUUGCUACUUCGCUACGACAUCCGUGCUCAUGGUGCACUUCCAACCAACAUGGAUGUGUUCCCGUAUAGUUCUGCAAAACUUCCCGACACUUCUGGAAAAUUUGAAUUCAGAAAGAUUCAAAAAACGUAG